AUGGUUGCCGAGCUGGGUGCUGUUCAAGUGGCAAUCGAAUCUCUGACUAACCUUGAUGCGCUACCAUUUAUGAUUGUUGAGUGUAUUGUUACUACUAUCUAUACGACCUGGGGUGGUUUCCAUACUUCGUUUAUUACUGAUAAUAUUCAAGGACUUAUGGUUUUCCUACUUUUGAUCGUUUGUAGUAUUGCAAUGGGAACUCAGAUUAACAUUGAUACGUCCACUAUCGGACCUAGCGGCCUGCUACAACCCAAUUUAUUGGCAAACCAACUUAUCUAUAUUUUGCCAGUCGCCAUUGCUACCAAUGAUGCUUUUCUAUCUGGAUUCUGGCUUAGAACGUUUGCUUCUAGGUCUGAUAAAGAUCUGCUUAUUGGUUGUACAAUUGCUACUGUCAUUGUUGUGAUAUUCUUGACUUUAGUGGGUGUUACAGGACUCUUGGCUGUAUGGGCUGGAUUAUUGGGCGAUAAUUCUGACGAUAUUUACAACAACAGUGAGAACGCAUUCUUCUUGGUAUUGUUACAGCUACCCACCUGGGUUGUCGGAUUUGUAUUGGUGUUUACUGUGGCUCUUAGUACUGCUGCUUUUGACUCUCUGCAGUCGGGCUUGGCUUCUUCCAUAUCAAACGAUGUGUUCCGAAAUAAGAUCCCUAUUCUGUAUGUUAGAAUCAUCGUCAUUUUGAUUAUUGUCCCAUCAAUUGUAGUCGCCCUACGUGCUCCUAAUAUUCUACAGGUUUACCUUAUUUCUGACCUGAUUUCUGCCGCUGUGAUCCCUGUACUGCUACUAGGACUUUCAUCCAAAAUGUACUUUGUCACUGGUUGGGAGGUAGUAUGUAGUGGUCUCGGUGGAAUUCUAACUGUCUUCAUUUUUGGUACUAUAUACUACGGAAAUGCUUCUCAAGGUGCUGGUCUUAUAAUCCUGAAAGAAGGACUUUAUGUUAAUGAUUGGAGUGCUUUUGGAACAUUUGUGGCAGCACCUGUUGGUGCGUUCAUAACUGCUGGUAUUGUGCUCUUCCUUAGGUUAGCCGUCCUCUUUAUUCAUGCCAAGGCUACAAAUACCCGUUUCACAGCUCUUGAUAAGCCUGAUAAAGAGGAUCUGGCCGUUGCCGCAGGGGCUGCCGACGUCAGUAGCCUCCCGCCACACGAACAGACUUCUCUUUUAGAGGAUAUGAAGACUGCUAAAAAGGCUUUAACUAGUGUAUUUACCCGUGCCUCAUCUGGCACCUCACAAUAA